CUCGCUUCUUUUUGGUUAUGUUAUGUGCUGUUGUGUGACAAAGUUGUCCUUUUAUUAUAAUAAACGAACUUUACGGCGACACCUCCUAUGUGUAUUUUGUAUGGCUUUAAUUUAAUACAUAUAGGACACCGAAAUAAGUAAAUUUGUAUUAUGAUUCUAGCACGAUAACGGCAAAAUAAUAAAGUUCGCAGUAGUGUAAUGAAUUAUUCUAGGUUCCAGGGCUGGCGUUACAGAAUGGCUUUGCACGUUUUUUCAGCAAUUUAAUGAUUUUUGUUCGUAAAAAUGUGAUAUGUGUUGAAAGACGAAAAAUUUGCUAAGAUUUUUAUAAUGGACUCCAAAUAUACAUCUAUGGGUAAGCAGAAUGGCGGCAAAGUUAAUAAUAAUUUCAAACGAAAAAUCUUCAUGGAAAACCUGAAAGUCAAAAAGAAAAAACCCAAUACAGAAAAUAAACCUCUGAUUUCUAAUGGUUGUAAGCCUCAAAAUGGAAUUGAAAAAUCUCCAGUGAAACAAGCCAUUGUAGAAAACUUACUGGAAGCAAGAAAGUGCUUGCCUGUUUAUACAGUUAGGGGCAGGCUACUGGAAGAGAUAAAGAAAAAUGAUACAAUGAUUUUGAUUGGUGAAACUGGCAGUGGGAAAACAACUCAAAUACCUCAGCUGAUUCAUGAACAGCGGCUAGAAGGAGCUGGGUGCAUUGCUGUGACUCAACCGCGAAGGGUGGCAGCGAUUACCAUUGCAAUCAGGGUUGCUGCUGAAAUGAGCACUAAUAUUGGAAAUAUAGUAGGGUAUUCAGUAAGAUUUGAGGACAUGACUAGCCCUAGAACCAAGCUGAAAUACCUGACAGAUGGCAUGUUGCUCAGGGAAGCCAUAGUAGACCCUCUUCUGAAGAAGUACUCCAUUGUGGUGUUAGACGAGGCCCAUGAACGCACUGUUAGUACUGACGUGCUGUUUGGGAUAGUUAAACUGGCGCAAAAGGAAAGAUUGGAAAAGAAACUAACUCCUCUUAAGGUCAUUGUGAUGUCUGCAACGAUGGACGUAGACACCUUCAGAGCAUACUUCAAUAACUGCCCAGUGAUCUAUUUAGAAGGGAGGACGCACCCGGUCACCAUCUACCACUCAAAGAUGAAACAGGAGGAUUAUCAGUAUGCUGCUGUGUGUACGCUGUUCGAACUUCAUAGAACUAUGCCAGCUAACAAUGAUUUUCUGGUGUUUCUGACGGGACAAGAAGAAAUUGAAACAGUUAUGUACAACAUAAAGCAAAUAGCUAAAGAAGCCCCCGGCCCUCCUUUACUAGUAUGUCCCCUAUAUGCCGGACUACCCGCCGCCAAGCAGUUGCAAGUGUGGAAGCAGACGCCCGCUGGGAUGAGGAAAGUUGUCCUGGCUACGAAUAUCGCGGAGGCUUCUGUCACUAUCCCACAAAUUAAAUGUGUUAUUGAUACAGGGGUUGUUAAAGAGAGGACGUGGUGCACAGCAACCGGGGCGGAGCGUCUGCGAGUGCGAGCUUGCGCACAAGCGGCGGCGUGGCAGCGCGCCGGCCGCGCGGGCCGCACCGCUGCCGGCGCGGCAUACCGCCUCUUCACAGCUAAAGACUUCGCGGCUCGCCCAGCGCACAGCACCCCUGAGAUAGUCAGAUGUCCACUGGCGCCUACGAUAUUGUUGCUGAUCGCAGCAGGCAUUGAACCAAGCACGUUCCCGCUUAUAGACACGCCACCGACGGACUCUAUCAACGCCUCGUUAACAUUAUUAAAAGAACUAGGUGCUAUUGAUAAUGAAGCUAAUCCAAAGCUGACUGUCCUUGGGAAAAAGAUGGCAUCUUUCCCAAUUGACCCCAAAUAUGCUAAAGUACUUCUUAGUGCACCAGAAUUCGACUGUCUGGACGAGGCUUUAAGUUUGGUCGCCAUGCUGUCGAGUGAAAACAUCUUUCACACGCCAAUGCACAAACGGGAAGAAGCGUUAAAAGUCAAGCAAAAAUUUAUCUCGCCUUUGGGUGAUCACAUGACCCUUUUAAACGUUUAUAAAGCAUUUUGCAAAGCGCCAUUGAAAAAGCAAUGGUGUAAAGAAAAUUAUUUAAAUCACAAGAACUUGGUGUACGCCAGCGAGGUACGACAACAACUGCUAGCGAUCUGUCAACGUUUGAAUCUGACCGUCGCAAGUUGUGGGAAUGCCACUGAUCAGCUCCUAAAGUGUCUGGUGAGCGGGCUAUUCACAAACUGCGCGUGGAUCCGCGGCGAGGCGGCGGGCGGCGCGCGCUACGUGACGGCGAGCGGCGCGGCGGCCGCGCUGCACCCCGGCGGCGCGCUGCACGCCGCGCGCCCGCCGCCGCCCGCCGUGCUGUACACGGAGCUGCUGCACACGCGCCGCUCCUACCUCGUCACCGUGUCCGCCAUACAGGCGCAGUGGCUGCAGCAGCUCGCGCCCGACUACGCGCGCCGCUGCCGCGCGGGCCGGUGACGCGAGCGCCGCCGCGGAUAGUGCGAGUGACCGAGCGUGCGACCCGUGCCAAAUGAUCACUUGGACCUGUGACCGUAGCCAUACAUUUACAUAUUAUUACCACUAGUUUUUAAGUCGCCGCUGCGAUUUAGAACGUAAAGUUGAUUUUCUAAUUUAUAGCAGGGGCGGCUCACUCCGCGAUUCUAUCGCCGCGCUACAAGUACGAGCCGGCGGCCGCGAGUUGCGGCCCAUUCAGUUCAAAAUUCAAUGUCGGCUGCCCGCGUGCGGUCUGUUUGUUAGUGUAGGUAAGAAUUUAGAAUGGCGGUAUUUUGUGAACAUCAAAGGAGUGAGCCUUCUGUACUUGUACUAUUAUAUAUUCUGUGUCUAUAGUGCUUGUUGUAAAUGAGAAAUCCAGAUUUGUUGCUUAUCAUAGUUGUUAAACCUGAAUCUGAUUUCGGACUGGCAGUUCAAAUAAGGACGGGUUUUUGACGAAAUUUUAGAACAAUUCAAAACUAGAAUGUUUAAAUCAUAUAACGUCAAUUGACGUGAUUAAACAAUUGUAAAUAAUUUAUGUAAACAAACAGCACGCGUUGUACAAACCUACGGCAGUUAUUCAAAAAAAC